AUGAUCUUUUCAAAUUCUAUAAUAUCUCACUAUCAACUACGUGGAAGAGGAUUACCAUCCGCACCUGAUGUUGCUGUAUUUCCAGGUUUAAACAUUAUUCCACCACCUCCAGUUCCGACUCCACGACGUACACAAGGUCGACGUACACUACCUAUGCUACGACGAAGAACUGCCUCAACAACUUUCCGACAUAAUGAGAUUCCUCCAGUUACCAGAUCGGGAAGAUCUCAUGCACGAAUAAAAUGUGAAGUUGCUGUGUCUCAAGAUUUAAUUGAUUGGGAAGAAAAGUCAGACGACAGCGAAGAUAAUGACGAUGAGAACGAUAAUAAUGAUGAGAACGAUAAUGACGAUGAGGAUGAUAAUGACGAACCAAAUUAUGUAGCAAAGAGAUUUGAUAAAAUCCCACUUUUAGUACAAAGUUUGUUAAGUCUCAAACUUUUAGAAAAACAUUCAGAAACUCUUAGAGAUGAUAUCAAAUCUUUAUUAAGAAAUCUGAAACCAACAAAUACUAUGAGCAUUCCAAACAUCUCAAACACCCCAAGUAUUUCAAGUAUCCUAAGUACUCCAAGCAUUCCAAUUACUCUAGACAUCCCAAAUGAUACAUUGGAUGAUAAUAUUACUUUACCUGAUCCAGAAGGCAAUCUUUCAAGCAAAAAUGAAGAUUUUGUUAAUGAUUUUACUUCAGGAAAUGGGAAUGCCCGCUCUAAUUGUAAAUGA